AUGGGUUGCACUACUAGCGUGAUUCUACUUAAAGGUAUUCGUACAGUUAUUGAAAGGAACUGUUCCUAUAUUUGUAAAUAUCAAGGAGAGAAUAAUGCUUUGGAAUAUGCAGUGCCUACUUUGGUGAAAGAAGACUCUGGAAUACUGAUUCAUUCAUUCCUGGCAAAACCGAAGCUAAUUGAGCCAAUAGACUAUGAAAAUGUUAUCGUUCAGAAGAAAACACAAAUACUCAACGAUGCCUUGCGUGAGAUGCUACUCUUCCCCUAUGAUGACUUCCAGACAGCAGUACUGGCACGACAGCGUCAGUAUGUAUGCUCUACAAUUCCUGAUAAUGCAGAGAAAGAAGCUCAUAGCUUAUUUGUAACUGAGUGCAUUAAAACAUACAACUCUGACUGGCAUGUUGUCAGUUAUAAAUAUGAAGACUACUCAGGAGAGUUUCGACAGCUUCCCAACAAAGGAACCAAGUUAGAAAAACUUCCAGUUCAUGUGUAUGAAGUUGACGAAGAAGCAGAUAAAGAUGAGGAUGCAGCUUCCCUAGGAUCUCAGAAGGGGGGCAUUACAAAGCAAGGAUGGCUAUACAAAGGCAACAUGAACAGUGCCAUUAGUGUGACUAUGAGGUCAUUCAAAAGAAGAUUUUUCCACCUACUCCAACUUGGCGAUGGGUCGUAUAAUCUCAAUUUCUACAAAGAUGAGAAAAUAUCUAAAGAACCAAAGGGGUCGAUAUUUCUGGAUUCCUGUAUGGGAGUGGUCCAGAACAACAAAGUCCGACGUUUUGCCUUCGAGCUCAAGAUGCAAGACAAGAGUAGUUAUCUUCUGGCAGCAGACAGUGAGACAGAAAUGGAAGAAUGGAUAACAACUCUAAACAAAAUUCUCCAACUAAAUUUUGAAGCUGCAAUGCAAGAAAAAAGAAACGGAGACCCUCAUGAGGAUGAUGAGCAAAGCAAGAUGGACAGCUUCUCAUCCAGUUUAGAUGGUUAUCUUCCUGAAAUUGCCAAGGCUUCCAGAGAUUCAGAAACUAAAUUCAAAAGUGAAAGCAGGGUAAAACUCUUUGCACUGGAUCCAGAUGCACAGAAACUGGACUUCUCUGGUAUUGAGCCAGAAGUAAAACCGUUUGAAGAGAAGUGCGGAAAGAAAAUUCUGGUGAAGUGCAAUGAUUUGUCUUUCAAUCUACAAAGCUGUGUAGCUGAAAAUGAAGAGGGACCAACAACAAACGUAGAGCCAUUUUUCAUCACACUGUCACUAUUUGACAUUAAACACAACCGGAAGAUUUCAUCAGACUUCCAUGUGGAUUUAAAUCAUAGCACAGUGCGGCACAUGAUAUCUAAUGCCUCACAUCAGUUGUUUAAUGGCAGCGGUGAUUGCCUACAUCGGAUUCAAGACAUUAUUCCAGAGGUUAUGCUACAAUAUCCAAAACAGGGAGUAUUCUCCGUGACGUGUCCGCAUCCUGAUAUAUUUCUGGUAGCCAGAAUAGAAAAGGUCCUCCAGGGGAGCAUUACGCAUUGUGCUGAACCAUAUAUGAAGAGUUCUGAUUCUUCAAAGGUUGCUCAGAAGGUUCUGAAAAAUGCUAAGCAGGCAUGCCAACGACUAGGACAAUACAGAAUGCCAUUCGCCUGGGCAGCCAGGUCACUGUUUAAGGAUGCAUCUGGAACGCUGGACAAAAAUGCACGAUUUUCAGCACUUUACAAACAAGACAGUAAUAAACUCUCAAAUGAAGACAUGCUUAAACUGUUGGCGGAUUUCAGAAAACCUGAAAAGAUGGCCAAGUUACCAGUUAUUUUAGGAAACCUAGACAUAACAAUUGAUAAUGUUUCCCCAGACAUUCCAAAUUAUGUUAACUCAUCAUACAUUCCCAUGAAACAAUUUGAAAACAAUACCAAGACAGUAGUAACGUUUGAAGUAGAAGAGUUUCUUCCCUGUAUACCAAAACAUACUCAGCCUUUCACCAUCUACAACAAUCACCUUUAUGUUUAUCCAAAGCACUUGAAAUAUGACAGUCAAAAGUCAUUUGCAAAGGCAAGAAAUAUUGCUGUAUGCAUAGAAUUUAAGGAUUCAGAUGAAGAAGAUUCCCUUCCUUUAAAGUGUAUCUAUGGAAGCCCAGGUGGACCAAUAUUGACGAGACAAGCAUUUGCUACUGUUUUGCAUCACCACCAGAACCCAGAGUUUUAUGACGAGGUAAAAAUAGAGUUGCCCACACAGCUGCAUGAAAAGCACCAUUUGUUGUUUACCUUCUACCAUGUCAGCUGCGAUAAUUCAAGUAAAGGAACUACCAAGAAGAAAGACACUGUGGAAACACAAGUUGGGUAUUCUUGGCUUCAGCUGUUGAAAGAUGGAAGAGUAGUGACGAAUGAUCAACAUAUUCCAGUAUCUGCUAAUCUUUCAUCUGGAUAUCUCAACAAUCAAGAACCUGGCAUGGGCAAACAUUCUGGCCCUGAAAUUAAAUGGGUGGAUGGAGGCAAACCACUGUUAAAGGUUUCAACUCAUCUGGUUUCUACAAUAUAUACACAGGACCAGCACUUAAACAAUUUCUUCCAUUACUGUCAAAAAACGGAGUCUGGAGCUCAGGCCCUAGGAACUGACCUUGUGAAAUACCUUAAGAGUCUUCAUGCUAUGGAGGGCCAUGUAAUGAUCGCUUUUCUGCCUACUAUCUUAAACCAGUUGUUUAGAGUCCUUACGAGAGCAACUCAGGAAGAAGUUGCAGUGAAUGUGACAAGGGUCAUCACCCAUGUAGUUGCCCAGUGCCAUGAAGAAGGGCUGGAUAGCUACUUGAGAUCCUAUGUUAAGUAUGCUUACAAAGCAGAGCCUUACAUUGCUUCGGAAUAUAAGACUGUACAUGAAGAACUUGCCAAAUCCAUGACAACAAUCUUGAAACCAUCUGCUGACUUCCUUACAAGCAAUAAGCUGCUUAAGUACUCCUGGUUUUUCUUUGAAAUUCUGAUCAAAUCAAUGGCACAGCACCUGACAGAAAAUGGUAAAGUAAAGUUACUGCGAAACCAGAGAUUUCCUGCCUCUUAUCAUCAUGCAGUAGAAACUGUUGUCAACAUGCUGAUGCCGCACAUUACUCAGAAAUAUAAAGAUAAUCCAGAAGCUUCAAAAAAUGCAAACCACAGCCUUGCUGUCUUCAUAAAGAGAUGCUUCACCUUUAUGGACAGAGGAUUCGUGUUCAAGCAAAUCAAUAACUAUGUUAGCUUCUUUGCACCAGGCGAUCCAAAGACCCUUUUUGAGUUCAAAUUUGAAUUUCUCCGGGUAGUGUGUAACCAUGAGCACUAUAUUCCUUUGAAUCUUCCAAUGCCAUUUGGAAAGGGCAGAAUUCAGAGAUAUCAAGACCUUCAGCUCGAUUACUCCUUAUCAGACGAAUUCUGCAAGCAUCACUUCUUAGUAGGAUUGCUCCUCAGAGAGGUGGGAAAUGCGCUGCAAGAAUUCAGAGAUAUCCGCCAAAUUGCUAUCAGCGUUCUGAAGAAUUUGAUGAUCAAGCAUUCUUUUGAUGAUAGAUAUGCUUCCAGGAGCCAUCAAGCAAGAAUAGCGACAUUAUAUCUACCAACAUUUGGUUUACUGAUAGAAAAUGCCCAUCGGAUUGAUGUCAAGGAUAUUUCACCUUUCCCCAUUAAUGCUGCUGGCAGUAGUACAAAAGAUGAAACAGUUAGCCUACCCACUACAAAUCCGUUGGUGACUCCCCAAAAAUCAUUGAACACGCUUGAUAACAAUCUGCACAAAGACUUAUUUGGUGCUAUAUCGGGCAUUGCAUCACCAUAUACCUCUUCCACACCAAAUAUAAAUUGUGUGAGAAAUGCAGACUCAAGAGGCUCUCUUAUAAGUACUGACUCAGGAAACAGUCUUCCAGAAAGACACAGUGAAAAGAGUAAUUCCCUUGAUAAGAACCAACAAACUUGCACACCAGGAAGUUCUGUCAUUCGUUGCGACAAACUUGAUCAAUCCGAAAUCAAGAGUCUUUUGAUGUGUUUCCUUCAUAUUUUAAAAAGCAUGUCAGAUGAUGCUCUAUUCACAUAUUGGAACAAGGCUUCACCAUCAGAACUUAUGGAUUUUUUCACAAUUGCAGAAGUGUGCUUACAUCAGUUUCAGUACAUGGGAAAACGAUAUAUCGCCAGGAACCAGGAGGGGUUGGGACCCAUAGUUCAUGAUCGAAAAUCUCAGACAUUGCCUGUUUCCCGUAGCAGAACAGGGAUGGUGCAUGCCAGAUUGCAGCAGCUGAGCAGCCUGGAUAACUCUCUCACAUUUAGCCACAGUUAUGGCCACUCUGAAGCAGAUGUCCUUCAUCAGUCUUUACUUGAAGCCAGCAUUGCCACUGAAGUUUGCCUUACAAUUCUGGACACUUUAUCUUUAUUCACAACAGCAUUUAAGAAUCAGUUACUGGCGGAUCAUGGGCAUAAUCCUCUGAUGAAAAAGGUAUUUGAUGUCUACCUUUGCUUUAUGAAAAAAAACCAGUCAGAAACAGCAUUAAAAAACGUCUUCAGUGCUUUAAGAUCUCUGAUUUUUAAGUUUCCUUCUACAUUUUAUGAAGGGAGAGCGGAUAUGUGUUCAGCGUUGUGCUAUGAAAUUUUGAAGUGUUGCAACUCCAAGCUGAGUUCAAUUCGGAUGGACGCUUCACAACUCCUUUAUUUCUUGAUGAGGAAUAAUUUUGAUUACACGGGGAAAAGGUCAUUUGUCAGGACACACCUACAAGUUAUCAUUUCUGUAAGUCAGUUGAUUGCAGAUGUUGUUGGGAUAGGAGGAACCAGAUUUCAGCAGUCUCUUUCCAUCAUUAACAACUGCGCUAACAGUGACAGGAUUAUUAAGCACACCACGUUCCCUUCCGACGUAAAGGAUUUGACAAAGCGCAUCCGUACUGUCCUGAUGGCCACUGCACAAAUGAAGGAGCACGAGAAUGAUCCAGAAAUGCUUGUGGACCUUCAGUACAGCUUGGCAAAGUCUUACGCUAGCACACCUGAACUCAGGAAGACCUGGCUGGAUAGCAUGGCCAAAAUUCAUGUCAAAAACGGAGAUUUUUCAGAGGCAGCAAUGUGCUAUGUCCAUGUAACAGCUCUGGUAGCAGAGUAUCUUCUGCGAAAAGGAAUGUUUAAGCAAGGCUGCUCAAGCUUCAGAGUAAUCACUCCAAAUAUAGAUGAAGAGGCUUCAAUGAUGGAAGAUGUGGGGAUGCAGGAUGUUCACUUCAAUGAAGAUGUGCUGAUGGAGUUGUUAGAACAAUGUGCAGAUGGUCUGUGGAAGGCCGAACGUUACGAACUGAUUGCUGAUAUCUAUAAGCUUAUAAUUCCUAUUUAUGAAAAGAGGAGAGAUUUUGAGAGGCUAGCUCAUCUCUAUGAUACGCUGCAUCGCGCAUACAGCAAAGUCACUGAAGUUAUGCAUACAGGAAAGAGGUUGUUGGGCACAUAUUUCAGAGUUGCGUUUUUCGGACAGCAAUACCAGUUUACAGACAGUGAAACAGAUGUGGAGGGAUUUUUUGAAGAUGAAGAUGGAAAGGAAUAUAUUUACAAAGAACCUAAACUCACCCCUCUUUCAGAAAUUUCCCAGAGGCUACAAAAACUCUACUCAGACAAAUUUGGAUCUGAAAAUGUCAGGAUGAUCCAAGAUUCUGGCAAAGUAAAUCCUAAGGAUUUGGAUUCGAAAUAUGCAUACAUUCAAGUUACGCAUGUAGUUCCAUAUUUUGAGGAAAAGGAACUGCAAGAGAGAAAAACAGAGUUUGAAAGAAAUCACAACAUCCGGCGCUUUAUGUUUGAGAUGCCUUUUACCCAGUUGGGUAAAAGACGAGGGGGCGUGGAAGAGCAAUGUAAACGGCGCACCAUUCUGACAGCUAUACAUUGUUUUCCCUACGUAAAAAAGCGAAUUCCCAUAAUGUACCAGCACCACACAGAUUUAAACCCAAUUGAAGUAGCCAUUGAUGAAAUGAGUAAGAAGGUUGCAGAGCUCAGGCAACUUUGUUCUUCGACUGAAGUAGAUAUGAUCAAACUGCAGUUAAAGCUUCAGGGCAGCGUCAGCGUCCAGGUUAAUGCUGGUCCAUUAGCAUAUGCAAGAGCUUUCCUAGAUGACACAAACACCAAAAGAUAUCCAGAUAAUAAAGUGAAGUUACUGAAGGAAGUGUUCAGACAAUUUGUUGAGGCAUGUGGCCAGGCCCUAGAAGUCAAUGAACGGCUUAUAAAGGAAGAUCAGAUAGAAUAUCAAGAAGAAAUGAAGGCUAAUUAUAGAGAAAUGGCAAAAGACCUCUCUGAAAUUAUGCAUGAGCAAAUAACUGCUGUGGAAGAAAAGACCAGCGUAAUGCCUAACUCACUACACAUUUUCAAUGCCAUUAGUGGGACUCCAACAAGCACAACAGUUCAUGGAAUGCCCAGCUCUUCUUCAGUUGUAUGAGUGUUUUUUGUAAAUGAAAGUAUCUUUAACUUGGAAUACAAGUGGAUUUUUUAUCAUUUGCAAACUCAGGAGGAAAUCAAACAGAAAGUUACUAACAUUU